GCCAUGACCCCGCCUAACUCGUGUUCAAAAAAUAAAACACACAACAAGGAAGUAGCAGAAAGCGUUUGUUUUGAUUUUAGGGUCUGUUAUCACUCCUUUUUAGUGUCUGUUUUUCUGAAUUUUCUCUGUAUGAAAUAAUGUCAAUUCUGGUCUAAGUGUCACGGUGUGCAUUGGUCGUAGUUUGUCAGCAUUUAGCCGCUGCUGUGUGGGUAUAAAAAUAAAGAGAAGAAUGGCAGAUGAAGCUCCUUUCCAGUUUCUUCACAAUGAGAUGAUUCAGUACAUUUACAAGACAGCAGAGAACGGAGAAACGGUGAGAAAAUGAGACUGUAGAGUUUUGUUCGUUUUGUUUUUAUGGUCAUAAAAGACGGAUAUUUGAAACUGUGUUCAUUUUAUUUAGGAGAAUGGCAGAAAUAUUACCAAACUGGAGACCAUGGGGUUCAGAGUGGGACAAGGACUCAUAGAGAGGUAAAGACUGAAAAACUGUCAGAGUGUCUGAGAAAUAUAUAAAUAUAUAACUAGAGAUUCAACCUGAAACAGGCUCAUAGGGAGUAUUUUCCUCUUUACUAUACAGACAUGUUUGUCCUACAUUGAAGACGGUGCAACACUAAUGAUCACUGAGAUAGAUCUGUCAACAGUAUUUUAAAGUAAUCGUCAUCCUCCCUCACAAGACUGGUAUCACCAUAAUGUUUUAAUGUUUUUCUACACAACACAUUUGUCCAUCCUGGUGACUGACCAACAAUUUUAACACACUCACUGGCUGAUGUUUAUCAUAAAAAGUCUUUUUUAAUUAUGAAAAUAAUAACUAAAACUUAGCCAUUGACUAUUUCUACAGAAUUUACACAUCAGAUAUCCAUUUGUAACAACUGGAGGGGAAUUAAUUGAAGAACAAAGAGAAGAUGGUUGAGGAGGUAGAAGAGCUGCAGAUCUGGACUAGUGGCAUCAGAUUUGACUUUACAAAAGUCUCCUAAAAGACUUUGACUUACUAGCCUGAAAAAUGUUCUUAAAUCUUUUCAGCACAACAAGAAAAAACAAUUGUUAAAAUCUUACUGUAACUCUCAGCUUGAGGGAACUGAUGUAACUGUAAAGUGUCCAAUCGUCCCAGGAACUUGCUGAUCAAACAGUGGCAGUAUUGUUCUUCUUCCGUGGUCCUCUCUGAGCCUCCUAACUGUUUCUCCAGACUGACCAAAGACACGGCGAGGUAUAAAGACGAGCUGGACGUCAUGAAGUUCAUCUGUAAAGACUUUUGGACCUGUGUGUUCAAGAAACAAAUCGACAACCUGCGAACCAAUCACCAGGUAACUUUUCUUACAGCAGUGUUUUAUCUUUGACAAACUCAGCUGCUCUCCUCUGCUCUGUGCUUAUGCGUUCAUGUGUUUCAGGGCAUCUACGUUCUGCAGGACAACAAGUUCAGAUUACUGAGUCAGAUGUCAGCAGGGAAGCAGUAUUUGGAUCAAGCCCCAAAGGUACUCUGUCCCAGUUUAAAUCAACUCAAAUUCAAAACUGUGACGAACUCAACGAGACUCUCUAAGCUGAUGGACAGCAGGUUUUUACAAAGUGACAGCUGAUCCUUGAACAGUGGUUGUUCACACUACUACUGACUCACAUCUUAAACAGACAACUAAAGGUUUAAUAGUAAUUGGUCUCUUUUUCCUUCAUAAUCCAGGACUUUGAUGAGUGAGUGUUGUCGGCUUUCCAAAUACUUUGAUUUGCAUUUCUUACUUGUAUUUGUUAUCCAGAUUAUUAUGGCUACACAGUCUUUAAUCUUCAGAAAGCAAAUGUUAGAGUUAGUCUUUCUUUGUGCGUUAGCGAUCAUGAGAAGGACUAACACAGAGGUGAUUGUGGUCGGAUUAGUCUGUACUAGCGUGAGAAUAACAUGAUGACACAUCUGCCUGUUGGUCUCUGCAGUACCUGGCCUUCACCUGUGGUCUCGUGAGAGGCGGUCUGUCUAACCUGGGAGUGAAGAGCAUAGUGACAGCCGAGGUUUCCGUCAUGCCUGCAUGUAAGACGCUCUGCAUCUCUCCUCCAUCAUCCAAUCAGAGACACUCUGACGUAGUUAAUUUUCUCUGUCAUGAGUCAUUUAAAAUGUCUACUUCACAGAUGAAUCAUUUUCAGUGUUUCAGUUUUUAUUUUGAGUUGUGAAUUAAAAUAAGUGGAUAUUUCAGUCACCAGAAACUCCUCAGAGAGCAGAGUCAAUAAGUCAAUUAGUUAUUUUGUCUUUUCUUUUAAAUUGAAAAUAACUUCCUGCAUUAAUUUAGAACUCUUUCAUAAUGACAGUUUCUGUAUUAAAAACAGUGUAUGUGGGCUUCUGCAUGGUUAGUGCUUCUUUGAGUGUUUUCAAAGUCUGUCCUCUAGGGGGCAUUUUGAUCUGAGGUACUUAAAAAAAGACUUGAUCACAUUUGAGUCAGUAAAUAAAAAAUAAUACACUUGACCAUGUAAAACCUUUUGCAUGAAUGUUUUUUUGUAAACAUGAUUCUUGGAAUUUAUUUGCUGUAUCUCCCCCCUUUUUCCAACUUCUAAAAAAAAGCUGUGUAAACUGAAUGAGUUUUUUUUUUUAAUCAAAAGCUGUGGACUAACGUGUUUGUUUUCUCUUUCUGUAUCCUUGUUUUUCUGCAGGUAAAUUCCAGGUCAUGAUCCAGAAAGUGUAGGAAAGAAAGUGCCGCUCUCACUCUGCACUCACUUUUGCCUUCAUUUGUUUUUGAGUUUUGUCUUACAAGGGAAGUGCCAUCAGUCCUCAUAAUAUGUAAAGCACACUUACUGCAUCUCUACACUUUGAUGAUAUCAGUAAUCAAUAUUACCAAUAUAAUACCCAAAUUAUUCUAAUCAAUGAUGCAGUGAUUUAUUCUGAUGUUAAUAUAAGAGUUAAAUCAACUUUCAAUGCUAAACCUGAGAGCUUCUACCUGAGUGAAUGUAUGACAGAAUAAUGUCCAACGAUUAUAGAAGAGCUUUGAUGCCCCCGUGUGGCACUCAAGUAAACUGCACAACAUCAGUCAGAAUUCUUAUAUAUCAACUGUUAAUCUUUUAAAAACAGCUAUAAUAUAUUAAUGAAGAGCUGUAUCUAUGUUUUACUAUAGAAGAAAAAAUCUGCAUGUUUUCAUCCAGCUCUACAAGUUAAUCAGAGAGCAUAAGCCUCGGUGCUUUUUAAUCAGUUCAUCAAACAGGAGAAGAUUGUUUUAGUUACAAAUUAAGUAUAUAAAAAAACAGUAAUUUAAGGCCAGCACUACAGUUGAGUUGAGAGCCAAAGAAGAAAGUUCACAGAGUGAGUUGACUUUUGUAAUCCUGUUAACCAACAUGUUUAAAUGUCAUUCAAACAAACUGUAAAAGGCCGUUACAUUUGAUCACAGAGCUCCCUGCACACUGAAGAAACUAACCGUAGCUCUGAUUAUGUUCAGCAAUACUAUCACAGCAUAAAACUUUAUGUAUAAACUACAGGUGGAGUUUGUUUUUAAUAAAGAUGUUUUAUUGAACCGGAGCUUCGAGUUCAACCAUUUGAAGUCAGAAUUAUGAAAAAACAUAUCAGAAAUUUGGAGGGAAAUCAAUUAAAGAACAAUGUUGUCCUUAUUUUUUUUUUCAGUUGUCUGACUGGUGCAGAUAUAUUUAAUAAAUCUUCAUCUCCAGCCACAAACAUCAGAAGAGAGAGAACUAGACUGCAUUCAGAAAUGUUGGAUAUUUUAACAAAUGUCUGAUUUUCUUUCUUGGAUUUGGUUCAGGGGGACUAAAAUAUUGACUCAGAAUAAGGGAUGAAAGAUGAGAAAUCUUGAGUGUCAGAAUCACCUUAAUCAAAGAGCAUUACUCACACAAGUCCACUCAUCUGCUGUCACUAUGACUGAAGUGACACACCUGACCUGAAAAAUACUGACAGCCUUGUAUUUUUCUGUGGAGACUUUAACUUCAGCUGUUCUUUGCUCACACUGAAGCUCUAAAAACAACAGCCAUCAAUCACACAAGUGUACAACAGCUGUCAAGUAUGAGGUCAGGAAUUCAAACCAAGUUCAAGAGUUUAUGUGCUCGGCUUCACUAUAGUGUAGCUCCACUUAACUCUGCUCUGAAAUAUUCAGACUGUUUCCCAAAGAAAGAAGAAAAAGUGCAAUUAUGCAAACAGUUUAUUAUCAUUUUAUGAAAAAAACAAAAGUUUUUUAAAAACAAUCACAAGAUGUACAAAUGUUUGACCAGAUUUAUUCUGCUCUUGAAAUCAAAGACUUCCAACUCACAAACAUCCAGUUAUUAAACCCAGAAAACAAUAAAAUCACAGCAUAUAAAAAAUGAA